GUUCAAAACAGUUGAAUACGAAAUAGAAUACGUAUACGUAUGUAACGUAUCACAAAGAACUCUAAUCACGUGGUAUAUUUAAAAUUUUUACUUUAAAAAAAUUAAAUGUUCAGUGUAAAUAACUAUUUUCAUAUCUAUAUUCCACGAUUAAAAAUGAAGUGCUACACGCUGUUUUUUUCACUGGUACUUGUUGGAAGGAUAAAUCCUGGAUAUACGGCGUCAUUUACAGCCGUGGCUUCACUUUACGACGAUCUUAUUAGCAGAAGUUACAGAUAUAUCCGUCCAGAAACAGACCUAAAUACGGCAACAUCUGUUGGAUUCAAAUUCUUUCUCACAAACCUACAAGAUUUAGAUGAAAAUACAGGACUAUUUUCUGUCGCCGGAUUUUUUGAAGUCAAAUGGAGAGAUAAUAAUCUUAUUUGGGACCCGAAUUCGUAUGAGAGCCAGUCAUAUAUGCGUAUUCCUACAAAACACAUAUGGAUCCCACAUCUUAUUUUAGGAAAUCCUUACACAGAAGGAGUUGUUAUUUCCUUGGAAGAUUCAACGGUAGCUCUUUAUGAAAAUGGCGAUGCUAAAUGGAGCCCAGCAGACAGUUUUCAGAUGGCAUGUGACGCGGACGUCUCUUAUUAUCCUUUUGAUUCGCAGACAUGUCAAAUGAUGGUCGUUCCGUGGCAAUACGACGCAAAUGAAAUCGUCAUACUUAUACAAUCUUACACAGUUGACACAACAUACUACAGUGAAAACCCACAAUGGGAUUAUGUUUCCUCUACAUUAUAUAAUGGAAGCAGUGUCAAUGCAUUGUAUAUUUCGAUGACUUUCAAAAGAAAACCAACUUUUUUCAUGAUAAAUGUAAUAUUUCCAAUCAUUCUACUUGGAGUGUUGAACAUUUUCGUGUUUGCUCUACCGGCCGAUUCUGGAGAACGUGUUGGUUUUAGUAUAACCCUUUUAUUGUCUAUCGCCGUUUUUAUGACGAUCGUUGCUGAUUCAUUACCAUCGACAUCAUCACCACGAUUAUCGUCAGUUGGAAUAAAACUCGUCGUCGAUUUGACCAUAAGUUCUCUGAUUGUGGUUUGCACCAUUUUAGGUCUCGUCAUUCACCACAGAGAUGACUCGCAGCCAGUCACACAGAGUUGGCGACGCCUUAUUAAGGUAUCAAAGACAUGUAGGCCAUGUAAAAAACGUCAAAACAAUGGAAUUCAAGUCGGAGAUGCAGAAACACACAGUGUGAAGGACACAGAAAAACUCGGUAUUCCUAAUGAUGAUAAGGAUGACGCUUCUUGGAAAGACGUCAGUAGAUUUUUGGAUAAAUGUUUUAUUGUAAUAUUCAGUGUAGUUUUAUUCCUUGCCAACCUCAGUUUCUUUAUGGACAUCGUUGCUGGAGUAAACUGAUCAUUUCUACAGUACAAUUGCGAUCAGAAACUAAUAUGAAUUAUACACUGAAGCGAACGUUAUAAAUAAAUGCUGAAAUGACAAAAAAAAAGAUGUUUUAAAAGGAGAAGGAAAUGGAUAGUUUGGUCUCAUUCAAGCCUCAAUAUUUGUCAGAGAUUUGCUAUUGUGUAACACCAAUAAAAAAUCGAUCAAUGGAAAAAGAAAAUAUAUAAUUUAAUUCUUAUGUAACUUUGAUUUAAUUCAAACUAAUUUUCAAUAUCAAUACGAACAAUACCAUAGAAAGGUAAAUAGAAAUGCAGUCACAAAGUUAAUGCUGAAAUGUGAAUUAUUUAUUGAUGUAUAAAUAUAGAGAUAAUGAUCAUACUGACAACCGCAAAUUGUGCAUGUUGUGAUAAAAGUCUCUCAGCGUUAAUUAAUUUCUUUUUUGUGUUUUUUUUAUAUGGGGAAUGCAAACAUAUCAAACAUUUUAAACGCAAUAAACCAAUACUUUGGGAAAAUGAA